GCUACGACGUGGACAAGAAGAAGAUCGGUGAAGGGUCCUACGGAACUGUCUGCGUCUGCGUCAACAAGGCGACGAAGCAGAAACGGGCGGUGAAAGCUCUUAGCAAGACACAGAUGAAGAACAUCGAGAAGUUCAAGGAAGAGAUCCGGAUCAUGACGAUCAUGGACCACCCGAACAUCAUCAAGCUCUACGAAACGUUCGAGGACAAGGUCAAAGUCUACCUCGUGAUGGAGCUCUGCACCGGCGGGGAGCUCUUCGACCGUAUCAUUGAGCUGGGCCACUUUACGGAG